GAGGCUCUCUCACAUCACAGAUUUUUGUGGCAUACAAUCCACGAAUCACGGGGCAGCCAAAUUCAUAUCCACUUGCCCACUUGACGCAGGCCCAAAAUAUUACAAGACCUACAUAAAUCCAUUGUCAUUAUGGGAGAGCAAGUUUGAGAAACUCUAACAAUGAGCGAGUCGAAAAAAUUUAUGGCUGGAUGUCACCAGGUCGAAUCCCACGAAGCCCAUGACUCCCAUUGCUGUCCACCCGCACCAGAAUUUCAGUUUCCAGGAGAUGUGAAUCCAAACAAGGAGAAGAAAUUGAGGAAGGAGAAGAGAAAGAAGAAGUAUGUGUAUAUCGGCAUAAGGCAGAGGCCGUGGGGUAAAUGGGCAGCAGAGAUCAGAGAUCCGACGGUCCGGGCGAGAGUGUGGCUCGGGACUUUCGACACGGCGGAAGAAGCUGCGCGCGCCUACGAUGCAGCUGCCUGGCGGAUCAGAGGCAAAAAGGCUAAGCUCAAUUUCCACCACACAUACAACACCUCUGCUUCUCACAACACUGCUGAUUCAGAGGUCGAAGGUUCGAAUCCUGCAGCUGAUCCUCCCUCCUCCUCCUCUUCUUCUGCUGUAGAAUCCUCGCAAAUGAAUACUUUGGAGGUUGAGGCUCAGAAGGCUUUGAAUAUGUGGAGUGGAGAAUGCAUGGAGAUGGAGGGGAAUGGGGACUUCAAUUUACAUGAUUAUGGGUGGGACUGGAAUUAUAACGAGUUAUGUGAGGAAGCGUAUUGCUCAUAUGGGCUGCUUCGUGUAUGGAUGGUCGACGACUUGUAACAUUUGUUGUCCAUGAUUUGCCAAUUACAAAGAAUAAAGGGAUUCACCAUGCAAGUUUUCUGUAGGAUA